AGUGGAACAAGAUGCGGUUGCUUAGUCGGUAUUGUGCUACUCUGGUAUUUUGUGCCUUUUACUCGACGCUCUUGACGCAAAUAAUGGGUGAAAAAGUGCACGGUACCGCCACUGCUUUCACAGUAUUCGAGAAUUUUCCUUUUGCUCUAGCCGUAUUCGACAUGGACCAGGACGGAGACCUUGACUGUGUCAGCGCAAUACGCACACAAUUCGACAAAAGCGAACCGAGCGCCACCUACGUCUGGAUGUUCAAAGGAAACAGUCCGAGGAAUGUCACCUUCCACAUAAAGCCAGGCCCGACUUUCGACAUGAGCACCUACACGAUGGAGGACGAUUACGAGCACGAAUACCAUGCAAACUUCUACUUUUCCGACUACAAGAACUGCGUCAUUUUCGGCAUGCCUCAUUUGGACACAGACGAAUGCAUGUUAUGGGUUACGAAAAAGGUGAAAGACGAUGUGCCGCAGAUUUGCACGGACAAGUACAAGGAAAACUGCGACAUGCAAGUGAUGGCGUAUGACCAAGAAACCUGCGGCGAAUACGCGGACUACGAAUAGGACCGCAUCAUGUCGCCCGAGGAUGGCGAAGGUUUACUUAGAUGUGUCCUACAAGUGCAGCACCUGGAAUAUAGAGCGCAUGGGCACAACAACCAAAUGUACCAUAAAAAAGCACGUGUUCAGUGAUUGUAGCGUGAAGGAAAUUGUGGUCGGAGAACUGCUUCUGCGUAUACGUUGUAUAUGUGCGGGCUCUGGUAUGUUCUUCAGUGGGUUAAAAAAAAGGCGCACAUGAAUUUUGGUCUUCGAAAGUUGCAGUGUUUUUCUUUAUUCUCUCAGACAGCCUGUACGGCAACUAAUGCACAUUGGACGGAUACAUUAAAUGAAUUAGCCACCGCGUGUCAAUUUAGAGAAAUUCUUCCGUACCCUUUAUGUGUAAUAUACAAGCAAAAAAGUGGAAAUGACGAGAACCAUCACCCGAAUCAGAAUGAGUUAUUCACGUCUGCAAGCCACAAGACCAAAAGCAACAAAGUACAGUGCAAUGCAGCGACGUAGCUUCUAAGAAGUUCUUUGUCUCAGUCGUGAAAGACAAAAAAAACUAAUAUCUACGAAGAGCCAAAAGAAGCCCUCAACUGAUACAGAUGAAAAUUAACGACAAAUGUCCCUAAGUGCACUAUAGCUUUGCAUCGUGUAACGCCAUUCCUCUUUUUUUAACCACGCGCGUUAUAAUUGGGACACCCUGUAAUGAUUAAACUGCUUUCACAUGGUACACGAUCUCAUUGCAAUAAUUAAACAAUUGUGAAUAGCAUCUCGCUUGAUAUGUAUGCGUUCUAGAGUAUACGUUCCGUAAGUGUGUAUUGUAUCGACUCAGAAGUGCGUGAAAAAGUUUCCCGUAUAUUUAUUCGGAUUCUGAAGACAUUGUAUCCUCGUAUUCGACUAAGUGUUACAUAGGGAAUGCCAGAAAUCUCGGCUGUGAUGACUGUAACAGCAGAGACCAUAUAGCACAUAAUACCUGAAUGCCGUGUGUAAUGCAGCAUGAGAGAGUUACUCAACCGACAAAUAAAAAUGAUAUUGGCUCUGACACCCAACCCUUUCAAAACAGCGACAGGUUUUACAGUCGUUCAAUUACACGUCAGAAGUCGGCCUAGUCAUAAAUAUUUAGUGAUUGAAUCUUUAAUGCAGAAGAACCUUCACUUACGUGACAUCUCAGUCGCAAAUAUAUCUGUCAGCUUCACCUGCACAUUUUACAUUUGUUUGUAUUGUGACUUUUUGUUAUUAUUUUCAUCCCUCUCUUCGGGAAUCUCCUUAUCUUAUUCCCCAUUUUUAUACAGAGUGGUAAGGCAUAGGUUAUAUAGACUACAAAAAUGUUGUUUUUUUUUCAAUAAAUGAUCUUCCUCAACCUUUCAUUUGAGGACAUCUCCAAUUGA